AUCACAACAGAAAAGUAAGCGCUUAGAAACAUGGCUGGGAAACCGAAGCUUUACUACAUCAAUGGAAGAGGCCGGAUGGAAACCGUAAGGUGGCUGUUGGCUGCAGCUGGGGUCGAGUUUGAAGAACAAUAUAUUGAGUCAAACGAACAUCUGGAAAAGUUAAGGAAGGAUGGAGACCUGCUCUUUCUGCAAGUGCCCAUGGUGGAAAUUGAUGGGAUGAAGAUGGUGCAGACGCGAGCUAUUCUCAACUACAUUGCAACCAAAUACAAUCUCUACGGGAAGGAUGUGAAGCAGAGAGCAUUGAUUGAUAUGUAUUGCGAAGGUACUAUGGAUCUUUAUGAACUGAUGCUGAUGCUUCCCAUCAAGCCAGCUGACACGAGGGAGAAGGAGUUUGCAAACAUUGUCGAAAAAGCCACCACCAGAUACUUCCCAGUCUUCGAAAAGGUCCUCAAAGAUCACAGGCAAAAUUUCCUGGUUGGAAAUCAGCUCAGCAAAGCAGAUAUCCAACUGCUUGAAGCCAUUUUAAUGGCAGAAGAGCUGAAGGCUGAUAUUCUCUCCAAAUUCCCUCUUUUAAAGGCAUUUAAAGUAAGAAUCAGCAGCAUCCCUACAGUUAAGAAAUUUCUGCAGCCUGGGAGUCCAAGAAAACCACCAAUGGAAGAUAAGGAUGUGCCAGGGAUCAUGAAGAUUUUCUACGGAGUUGCCGCAGGCAAAGUGAUAAACUGAAAUGAAGCAAAAUAAUUUCACCUCAUGGAAGGUGGCUACAACUACACCGGGCACAGAUUGGGGUGUAAAUUCUCGAAGCUACAGUGAGAACAACAAGAGUAAAAGAUGGUAAUAUUGUGUGGCGCUACACUGAAAUGUAAUAAAACAUUCUACAGCUUUUA